CCUGACACCCGGCCCUCUUCGCCGAGGAAACUUCGCAGGCUGGCCCACCAAGUCCAUCACUAUGACCGAUGGGGACUAUGACUAUCUGAUCAAACUCCUGGCCCUUGGAGAUUCAGGCGUGGGGAAGACGACAUUUCUUUAUCGAUACACAGACAAUAAGUUCAAUCCCAAGUUUAUCACCACAGUAGGAAUAGACUUUCGGGAAAAACGUGUGGUUUAUAAUGCCCAGGGGCCCGACGGAUCAUCAGGAAAGGCAUUUAAGGUGCAUCUUCAGCUAUGGGACACUGCGGGACAAGAGCGAUUCCGGAGCCUCACCACUGCAUUUUUCAGAGAUGCCAUGGGCUUCUUAUUAAUGUUUGACCUCACCAGUCAACAGAGUUUCUUAAAUGUCAGAAACUGGAUGAGCCAACUGCAAGCAAAUGCUUAUUGUGAAAAUCCAGAUAUAGUAUUAAUUGGCAACAAGGCAGACCUACCAGAGCAGAGGGAAGUCAAUGAAAGGCAAGCCAGGGACCUGGCUGACAAAUACGGUAUACCCUAUUUUGAAACAAGUGCAGCGACUGGCCAGAAUGUGGAGAAAGCUGUGGAAACCCUUCUGGACUUAAUAAUGAAGCGAAUGGAACAGUGUGUAGAGAAGACACAGGUUCCCGACACUGUCAACGGUGGAAACUCUGGAAAGCUAAAUGGGGAGAAACCAGCAGAGAAGAAAUGUGGCUGCUAGUCUCUGCAUAGGAACUGAUCAUCAAAACCCCCAUAUUACUUCCCCAAACAGCAACAAACCACAAAAUUGUUGUUGAGUAGACCACGCAUAAUGACAUAUCUUGCUUUUCUGCCAGAAAAAUCUAUUUUAAGAAACCAGAAUAGUCAACAGUGUUCAAAAGAAUUGACCAGUUGUCUCUGAGACCCCUCCAAACAAGAUCAGAGAUUUCUUUAUGUGGUCUCACUAUCAUGGAUGCUCAAUUUGUGUUAUUUUUUUUACAAAGAUGAGUAUAUAAGAAAGUAUUCAAGAUGAUUAUUGGUUUUAAAUCAGAGCAAAAAUUACCAUGUCACAUGGAGGAAAGGGAUAGUCCACUAGAGGGAAAAUAUAGAAAGACAGUUUUUUUCUUAAAGAUUAGAUUUACUUCUUAUAGAAUUUUUGUCCUUUUAGCUUUGCAUUGGGGGGACAUAUUAGCUAACAAUGGGUACACAAUAAAGAAAUCUAAAUCAAUCGUUAAGAAUGUCAUGGCUAUAUACACCCAAUAAGCUGUCCUAGGAUGGCUUACUUGCUGAUAAGGUUAUGAGAGUGUGAGAGUCAGACUUCUGCUAAAAUAUGGGAUAUUGUAUAUUAAUGUCCUUUUUAUAUUCUUAAUAAGUGGCAAAUUGACAAGAACAGGACUGUGAGUGACAAAGUACAAAAGAAAUGCCCUGGGAGAAAAAUGAAAGUGUGGAAAAACAGCAUUUGGACCAAUGAAAUUAAAUGUGUCUGUUACAGAUGGCUGGAAGAGUCAUUUAGCCAAAUUUCACCCAACCAAUUAGAAGUUGACAUUAUCGGUUGGGAUUAAGAGAAUCUCCAGAGGUUUCCUGUUCAAACAAAAUUUUGGCAAUUGAUUCGUUGUUCAGUCUCACAUUUCAUUUUUCUUAGCAUAUGGUCAC